GAAGAAAUUAAUCAAUGGGAGUCCAACCAAUAUCGCAUGCAGGCAACGACGUGAACGAACGCACAGAAAACACACACACGUGCAUUCAGAGGAGGGAGUCAGGCGUGCAUGCGUAUGCAUAUCCGCCGUUCGAACACGAAUAUUGAGUUCGGCAAAAAAGUGCAAAGUGAGGCUACGCUGCCCCGAGACAAACGGAGAGAGACCCGUUCGCACUGAGAGUGAGGAAAGCAAUGCGAAAGGACAGGUGCAGCCCCCAUGGUCGUGUGUAUCAUCCUGCCUUACAGAGGCGUAUCGCAUCGUCUGCAGCACCCACCUCUCUCGAUUGGUCGUGUCCGCCGUCUGUGUGCCCGGCUGGCUGAUUGUGUGAUGUCUGUCCUUCCUGGACGAACUCGGGUGGGAAUAUGAGAUGAGAUGUGUAGAGGAAGGGACAAACAAUCCGUGAGACACGCAGUGACGCACACGAAGGGGCGACAGCAAGAAACGAACCCCUCAUCAGGGCGCAAAAAUCCCAUCGAAAGAAAGACCCGUAUGCGGGGCGCGUCCUUGAAACCAAUAUGACACGCCCUCUGGCUCACGAAAGAUAGAGAAAGUGCCACACACACAACCCCGUGUACAAAUACGACCCUCCUCUUCGCGCAGACAGACACACAGACAGACAGACGACAGACACACAGAUAUAUAGGCAGGCACAGGCAGGCAGGCAGGCAGGCACUCACUAAAAUUUCGCGCAUUCUCAUGUUGUCUGUUUGUUUUUCGCGCGUGCGAUGUCAGUAGACGAAUGGACGGCACGCACGUGUAUUGAGGGGGCGGGGGGAGGGGAGGGGAGGGGAGGGGCAGCGUGGGGUGAAGAUGGGUGUCGCUCAAGGGAGUUCGCUCACUGCUCAAUCAAAAGAUGAUGAGAGAUAGUAGCUGAGGUCAGUUAGGUGCCAUGUUCCAUGCAUUUCUGAUGCAUGCAUGCAUUCAUCCGUCCGUCUGUCUAUCCAUCCGUGUACACAUCACAUCCUCCCUGCCUCCCUCCAAUCCACAUGUGUAUAGGUUACACACACACACGGCCGGCCACCCCCCCACCCCAUCCAAUCCACCCACUUCGCGUAUGCAUUACGGGCGUACUGACUGAGGAGAUAGAAAAACAGCCAAUGACAGACACGGGAGGGAGGGGGACCGACGGACUGCAAAAACGCGACCCUCCACACAACAGAUCGGUACGUCUGCGCAAAAUACAUACGAGCAUGGUGCUACAUAGGAUCUCUCUCUCCCUCUCUCUCUCUCUGCAUGCAGGCACAUCACAUGUACAUGCGAUAUAGACGGCGGGCGAGCACGCACGUGGCCGGUCCAACCCUAGGAGCUGGUGAGCCGAGGCGCGCGAGCUCACUUUCAUUCAUUCUCGCGCUGAAUGAAUGCAGAGCACGCAAACGAGGAAGAAAUGAUCACAUGCAUACCAACAUACGCACGAGCAAGACAUACACACAUACACACAUACACACAGACAUGAACAGCCACGCACACAAGGCAGGCAUGAAAGCGGGAAGGGCAUGCAGCAGCCAGCCAGUCAGUCAGACAGACAGACGGUAAGCAUCCAGCCAACAUACAUCCAUACCAUGCACCCACCCGAGCAAGAAUGACCAUGUCAUGACCAUCAAUCACCAUACAUACAGACGAGACAAAACUCCCCUUGAUUGCUCCUUUCUCUCUUUCCCGCCCGGGGUGAGCAGAGCAUGCACCUCUCCUCCCUACGCAGCCUCUGUCUGCUGUGUCUGCUGUGUCUGCUGCUGCUGCUGCCUGUUGGUGGCCGACUUGAGCAUGCCGACCACCUUGUCGCGUGUGGCGUUGAGGAGCGGGGUGGCAUGCUCCCGCACCCGCACCGACAGGCCCUCCAGGUUGCCCUUGAGGUUCUCAAUGGACGUGUUGGUGUACUCCUUGACGGGCACCGGAAUCUGCAGGUACCCCAUGUACACCGCAGCACCGAUGCCGCCCGCGAGCACGAGCAGUGCCAGGAUGGUGAUGAGGAUGGUGCGGCAGAGGGUGGAUCGGCGAGGGGGCUGUGGCGCGCCCAGCAGAGGGCCGCUGGGAUCCUCCUCCGUCAUGCGCGGGGCCUCGGACGCCUCGGCUAUCGUCGGCACCUCAGUGCGGAUCGAUCGGUCGGUCAUCAUCGACUGACAAAUAUAUAAACCAAGACACACAAUCACCAUCCGCCCCAGGUGUUGUGCCUCUGUCUGUCUGUGGUCUUCUGUCUGACCUUUUCCUGGGUCUCCUCUUGUGUGGUGUCCGUGGUGAGUGUGGCCCCGGUGGUCUCUCCGCCCUUGCUUCGCUCGACGGUCUUGCCCAUGUCCUCGGUGCUCGCCGAAGCAGCAGGGGGCAGCUCCGCCUUGAUCAACGGCCGGUGCUCCGCGUCAGGCUCGUCGCUGUCCUCACUCUUGCUCGGUGAAUCCUGUAAGUAAGCAAACAGACACCAAAGACACCCAUCCCAUGAGAGAGGUUGUGGGUGCCAAUCCUGUUAACUAGCCUUACUCCCCUCACCUGUCCGGGUGGCAUGUCGGCCCUCUGCUGGUACUGCACGCUCGAUGGCGAGGCCGUUGCGGUGGCGGUGGCCCUCUCCACGUCCACAGUGGCAUCGACGUCAUCUGGCGGCUGAGAGGGUUCUGGCUCCUCCUCGUUGACGACCAGCUGCGGCUCGCUGGAUGACUGUGCGGGGGGCUGGGCGGGGGGAGGCGCCGCCGACGCAGUGGCUGACGGGCUGAUCGAGGGAUGCAUAGAUGGGAUGGACAGGAGGGAGACAAAUGUGCACUGCACAUGUCUGUGAGUGUAGGGACCUUGGUGUCCGUGCGGUGCGUACCCCUCGAUGAGCAGUUGUCCCUUUCCGUCGGUGGUGACGUCCCCGAACUUGCCGUCGUUGACCGCGAAGUUGGAGGCCUCGGGCAUGAUGAACAUGCGGUUGAUGGAGAAGUCCUCCCAAGACACCUGGUCGCCAGGCUUCGUAAUGACGUACUUGUACUCCUGUUGGUGACAGACAGACACCAGCAAACACACACACAGGGUCCCAGUGGCCCACCGUUUGCCGUGUCUGUCUGCGUACGAUCUGCAUGCCGCUCUUGGACGAUCUGAACUCGGUGACUGGCGACGACCACACGGGGAAGUUGUCCCCGUCUGUCGCCAUCAACAACGCGUUGGACACCUGCCAAACAAAGGACACACACGGGCAACACAACACAACGUGGGUGAAUGUCCUGGACAUCCAUCGAUUGAUCUGCGCUGCUCUCUUUCUGUGGCCGGCAUCCCUACAUCCCAAGAUCUGCACACAGACAGACAGGCAUACAACCGGGACAGAUGGACAUGACAUGAAAACUGCACGUUGCUCUGCUCUGCUCUGCGCCUGGCUCCGCACGCAUCUUGCUUACUUACCCCAGCUCGUCGAUGUUGCCGACCACCCGCACGGAUUCACCCUGGGAGAACCAACACAACAACCAAACCAGGCAAACCAGAGCAAGGAAGUGCGCCGAGACCAGACCACCGUGCGGGCAGUCGUCGUUGUGAGGCGUACCAGCGAGGUGUUGCAGGAGAUCUGAACGAAGCAGACACGGCAACACACAGACAAGCACAGCGGGGUCACCGUUGCUCUGUGCCGUUUCCAGCGGUCUUCACCGAUCUCCCUGAUGGUAGAUCGUGUGGUUCUCACCUUAAAUUUUCCGAAGCUCGACAUCGUGAGGGGAAGGAAGGACGCAGCGACGCCAAAAACUUCCCCUUCUCGC